UUCCCCACUCUUGCCACCAUUUCUUUUUUUUUUUUCUGGGUGUUGAACUCCAGCCAAACAUUAAAUUACCUUGGGAAGCAAAAGGUAGACGAGAAAAAAGCACAAAGGUGGUAUUUGGCCUCAUUCUAUGAGGACACUCAAUCUUAAUUUAGGGAAAGAAAAAGGACACUUUUUUUUUUAGUGUGAGAGCAUGAGAACUGGAAAGAAGCACGGAUUUUUCAGACAAGGCUGUUUUUUAAGUACGCAGGUGGACUGUGCUCUUGUUUCAAUGCAGGUGGGGCUGUAGAUCAGGUGUGUGUGUGCCUGUGUGUGUCUAUAAAUCCACACCCAUUUUUAACCAGAAAUAUCCAGAAUACACUUCCAGCAAGAGCACUGACAAGUUCAGCUGCUUCUGAGGGAUUCUUAAGAAGAUAUGAUGUUACACUCAGCUUUGGUCGUCUGUCUCUUACUCAUCACGGUUUCUUCUAACCUUGCCAUGGCAAUCAAAAAGGGAAAAAGACCUCCUCAGACACUCUCAAGAGGAUGGGGAGAUGACAUCACUUGGAUGCAGACUUAUGAGGAAGGUCUCUUUCAUAUUCAAAAAAGUAACAAGCCACUGAUGGUUAUUCAUCACUUGGAGGACUGUCAAUACUGCCAAGCACUAAAAAAAGUGUUUGCCCAAAAUAAAGAAAUACAAGAAAUGGCUCAGAAUAAUUUCAUCAUGCUGAAUCUCAUGCAUGAAACCACUGAUAAGAAUUUAUCACCUGAUGGACAAUAUGUGCCUAGAAUCAUGUUUGUGGAUCCUUCUUUAACAGUCAGAGCUGAUAUAACUGGAAGAUACUCAAACAGAUUAUAUACAUAUGAACCUCAGGAUUUACCGCUAUUGAUAGAAAACAUGAAGAAAGCAUUAAAACUUAUUCAAUCCGAGUUAUAAUGUAUUACCUCUAAGAGGUCAAAUGUCACGAAGAAAAACUUCUGGCUAAUUGACUAAUACUAAUGGGCAGGUAAAUGAAUUUUGUAACAUUACCAUUUAGACUUUUAAUGUGUUUGCAUAUUCUUAGGAAGGUAAAAUGAUAUUUCAAUAAAUAUCAAAACCAGAGCAUGACAAUAUUGUGGU